UCGCCAUGGCAACGGCGGGACGCCGCAUCGAUAAACAUGGCUGAGCACCGGCUGACAUGCCGCCGCCGACCUUAUGAGUUAGAUACUUUCUGAUACCAGGCAGUGCGGGUCUUGCCUGUGCGGACAAAUGGUGUGUGUGGACAAAUCUUUGAGUGAAAAACACGGCAUGGCCGCAGUUUUAUCUCGGAAGAUGUCUUCCGAUAAUGGACCAAACGUGUCGGCCACAUACAGCUUUUCAAGUCAACCCAGAGCCAUUUUUCAAGGACAGAGGACUUCAAAAAACGGCUCAAAAAGCAGCAGCACCACCGGCAGCCUCAUGAACGACAAGCGGCUCAUCAAGACGGGCAACAUCGGCACCCUGGUGCUGCAUGGCCAGCCUCAGCCUCGGUGGAAUGCUUACUUUGCCAACGCGCGAGCUCUGUCGAACUCGGGCGGGCCCAGUCUGACGGACAUCAUUCGGUACCAGGAGGCUCGCCGGCGCGAUGCCGGUCUGCAGAACGGUCCGGCGGCGCGGCGCGGCCUGGGCACCGGUCGGCGCCGUGACGAGCGUGUGCGCACCCCGCCGGCAGUGGCCGGCAGAAAACACUACCGCGUCCAGACCGAGCCCUAUCUGGAGGAGAUCCGCGACCGGCGCGUGGAGGCGGACCGGGCCGUGCAGACUGACCCGCUGCUGGACCGGCCCAGCACGCCCCUCUUCGUGCCGUCCAAGACCGGCGCCGACGUGGCCACGCAGAUCUAUGAGGGCGACCUGUUUGACUUUGAGCUGGAGUCGGCGCCGAUCCUGGAGGUGCUGGUCGGCAAGACGGUGGAGCAGAGCCUGCUGGAGGUGAUGGAGGAGGAGGAGCUGGAGACGCUCAAGGAGCACCAGCGCCGCUUCGAGGAGCGGCGCCAGGCAGAGCUGGCCGAACAGCAGCGGCUGGCCGAGCGCGAGCGACGCCAUGUCGAGGAAAAGGAGCGGCGGAUGUCGCAGCGCCGCUCGGCCCUGGAGCAGGAGACGGAGACGGAGGCCAAGGUGGCCGCCUCGGCGCUGGCGCAGAGCUACCUGGCCGACAUGGUGCCGGCCGUGUUCAGCAACCUGCGCCAGAAGGGCUUCUUCUUCAACGGCGUCGAGCGCGACAUAGAGAUGACCUUUAUGCCGUGGCUGCGGGACGCCGUCGAACAGGAGCUGGACAAGGUGCUCACCGGACGCGAGGUGCUCGACGAGCUGAUUCUGGACGCGGUGCGCAAGCGGCGCGAGGAGCUGGAGCAGCGUCCGUCGCUGAGCGCGCGCCUGCCGCCGGCGCCGCUGGCCGAGCCGGCCGCCGAGCCGAGCGCGGCCGCCGCCGACGGCGACGGCCCGGUGUCGGCAGCGGCGUCGGCGGCGGGCGGCCCGGCCGGAGACGAGGCCGAGGACGACUCGGAGGAGGAGGAGGCCGACGACUCGGGAGAGGAGGAGGCCGCCGCCGACGAGGGCUCCGACGACGACGACGCCGGCAAGGGCGCCGAGGAGGGCCGCCGACACACACACGAGCCGACCACCGACCACCAACCACCGGCCGCUGGGUGUCGCCGCUCCGUAGGACUUUCACCAGAGCGCUGAUGUGUUCCCCCUCAAAAUGUCUGUCAACCACCGGUGUCCACCGUCCCCUCCCCUCUCCCCCUCUCCUGGGCAAUCAUUCCAUUAUUUCCAUGUUAAAGUCGGGUGCGCGCUGCUGAGGGCGCCGUGUUGGCUGUUGAGUGGCGUGCCGCCGCCGCGGGUCUGUGCGGCUCGGCUGUCCGAGCCCCGUGUGACCGGACUGGGCCGGGCGCGGGUGUGCUGUGGUGUGGUCGGGCCGACUGAGCGGCCGCCCUGUGAACGGACUGGAAGUGGACACGGCCGGGCCCGGGGGGCUCCCGGCCAGCUCUGCGCUGCUCUGUCUCCGUCCCGAGCGGCCCCAAUCACCGCCGUCACCUACCGUCGUCCCGUCCUAUCUCAGCGACUAAUACAUAUUUUUCAAGUCG